CCUGACACCUGACAAUUUGACACUCGUUGCCAAAUGUAUUCUUGUUAUGUAAAAAUUGUAAAAAUAUAAUUCAUCUAAAAAGUAAAAGGUCCAUUUUAAAUAUGUCUACAUUUGUAAGAUUAGGGUUGAAACGAAUAAUCCAGAAUCAAGCUUUAAAUAAUAACUUCAAUCAAAAAAAUGUAACUUUCAUUAGAACAAUUACAAGCAAAACCACAAGAAUGUCUCAAGAGGACGUCUCAAAACCAUCUCCCUGGCCUUACAAUGAGAAGGGUUACAAUUUAUUUAAUUAUUUCUUUGAUAAAACUACAUCUAGACUGGACGAAAAUUCAAAAAUCAUUGUUGUCGAAGGUCCAUUAGCUGCUGGAAAAUCAAAGUGUGCAAAGCAAUUAGCCAGCGAGUUGGACAUGCUUUAUUUGCCAGAAGCAAAUUUAGAUAUGAUGUAUAUCAAUAAUUAUGGUUUUGAUCAGCGCAAACUAGAUUCUGAAUUGCCAGAGAGUUGUAUAAGUUGGGAUGUUAUGGAUUUCUUAAGAAACCCUAAACAUAGACAUACUCUUAGAUUUCAACUGCAACAAUAUGUUGUGAAGUUGUCACAAUACAUUGAUGCAUUAGCUCAUGUUCUAAGUACUGGACAAGGAGUGAUUCUAGACAGAUGUGUGUAUUCUGAUUUUGUAUUUGCUGAAGCUAUGUUUAGUCAAGGUUUCAUAAGCAAACUUGGAAUAAAGAAGUAUUACGAAUUCCGAGACAACACCAUUGGUGAAUUAUUAAGGCCACACUUGAUUAUAUAUUUGGAUAUCCCAGUACCUAAAGUAUUGGAGAAUAUUAAAAAAAGAGGAAUCAGUUAUGAACAAGAUUCCAAAGCUUUGACACCCCAAUAUCUCAGUGUCAUGGAAAAACAUUAUAAACAGAAUUAUUUGAAAGAACUUAGUAAGCAUUCUGAAUUAUUGGUUUAUGAUUGGACUGAUGCAGGAGACGUAGAAAUAGUCAUUGAAGAUAUCGAACGAAUUGAUUUUAAUAAAUAUGAUGCCCAAGACACUCACCUUAAAGAUUGGGAUCACAAGAUGGAAGAAGAUUGGGCUAGUUUAAGACACAAGUAUGCUGAUAAGAAAGAAAUUUUGAUGAAUUAUUGUAAUAUUCCUUGUUUUGAAGUCCCUGAACUUGUUGUUGAUGCAGAGGAUGCAAACACGUACCAUAAUGUUAUUGAAGAGGCACCUGGCAACAAAUUCCUACCGGGGUAUAAUACACAUUUAGGCGACACUGGUACCAUAUUCAAAAUGUCAUCACCGCAUCGCAAUACUUUACCAUUAAGGGAACGAAGGACUUCUUAAUGAAUAAAUUACAAUAUUUAAUAAUAUGUUUAUGUAAUAUAAAUAACUUCAGUUAAUAUUUUUUUCUUUUAUCUCUAAUAAUUCGAUUUUUGGAAAAUUUUACAUUAUAUAAAAAUCUGUCAUAAAUUAAUUUGGGCCAUUUAAAUGUAUCGUUUUGGAUUAUUUAUACACACAAACCUGGAUGGUGAAAUUUAAUAGUUAGCUAUCCAACUGGUGAA